GCCACGUGUCCACACUGCGCAUGCCCGACAAUUUCAACGUUGAUCCCUCUUGGGUGAUCCCAAUUUCCGGUUUCUCCACGAUUGCUCUCGACGAGGCCUUGGAAAUCGGCACUUCGCCGUAGAGUCACUUACGACGGGCGCGCUUUGGCCCGCAGCCAUGGCCGUGUGAUCGAGCCAACCAGCCAGCCAUUUAUCCCCCCUCCAAGACAACCAAGCCGCUGAAACGCGGACAUUUUGCUCUUUAAACCCGCGACUUGUUCCAUAGCUUGUUGGCUAAAAGAAGAAGAAGAGUGGAGGGAGGAGGAGGAGGCUGCUGCUGCUAAUCGCUCGCCCAAGCUAACCAAUCCGAAUCGGAACCCGGUGUUUGUUUUCAAGAUGUCAAUGGCGGGCAUCAACCCCCAGAACGGGACGGGACAGCCGUACGCCAACGGUCCGUCGCAGAAUCCCGUCGGGGUUCAAGAGCUCCCUGCCAUCAAUUACGGGCUGACGCACCAAGCUAACUACAACUACAGCCCAAUGCAAGCCAAGGCUACAGCGCCCCCCGGCCCCGCCCCCGGCAUCUAUCCUUCGGCGCCGUACCAGCACGUCCCCCAAGUCAGCUCCUACCAAGCUGGCCCGCCUCCCGCGUCCUAUCCGGUCUCGCCCGGCCAACCUCACCUCACCCGACCCCCUCUAGGCGGCCCCGCAUCCCACACCCCUCCCCAGUCCGCUAGCCCCGGUCCCCGGCCGCCCCCCGCGAUGAGUACCCCUCCUCCUCCUGCGGUGUCUUCUAGCGGCUACUACCCCAACCCGCAACAUCAUCAGCAGCCGGCCCCAGGCUGGCAGUACAACUCGGCUCCUCCGCCCGCGGGACCCCCCACUGCCACAAACGCCCCACCUCGGGGCCCGGCCCCCAACCACGUGAGCCCCCCCGCGCCUUACAGCUCGGCACCUUCGGCUUCUUUGUCCCUUAGUGCCGUGCGGCCCCCCACCGGCCUACAAGGGUACGGCCCGCCGGGUCCAGGCUCCGCUCCUCCGCCGAUGAAUCCGCCAGCCGUACAGCAAUACCACCCGAGCAGAGCUCCCUACGGGACCCCUCCGGCGGGCCCGCCCACCUCCAUGAAACCCGCGGCGCCCCCGAUGGCCAACGCCACUCCUCCGCCCCCAAAGGCAGAUGGAUCCGGCAUCGGCGCCAAUCACGUGGAUGCUAAACCGGCCGGACCACCCCAGCACGGUCCGCCGGGCCGCCACUUGGGCCACUACCCCUCCCUGCCACCAGGGUACCAGCAUGCCGCCGGCCCCCCGAACACGCACCCGGCUCUCGAGAGCGCCACUCAGCCUUACGUCCAAGCACCUCGGCAGGCACCUCCCGGGCCCGGCCCGGCCCAGCUCAGCCCGUCCCUGGCAGCUAUGAGUCUGCAGUCGGGCACCCCUGAGAGCCUGCGAGUGGUCAACCUGCUCCAGGAGCGCAACUUGCUGCCGCCGGGCCCUGUGCCCGCCCCCACACCUUGCUUGCCCCAAGACCUGCAGAAGAUCAACUGCAGUCCAGAGGUCUUUCGCUGCACGCUGACCAGCAUCCCUCAGACGCAGUCUUUGCUUAACAAAGCCAAGAUGCCCCUGGGCCUCCUGCUGCACCCCUUCAAAGACCUCUCGCAACUGCCCGUGGUGACGUCCAGCGCCAUCGUCAGGUGUCGCUCCUGCAGAACCUACAUCAACCCCUUCGUGUCCUUCCUGGACCAGAGGAGGUGGAAGUGCAACAUGUGCUAUAGGGUCAAUGAUGUUCCAGAGGAGUUCAUGUAUAAUCCAGUCAGUCGAUCCUACGGGGAACCACAAAGAAGACCCGAAGUGCAGAAUGCCACCAUUGAGUUUAUCGCUCCUGCAGAGUACAUGCUGAGGCCGCCACAGCCAGCCGUGUACCUCUUUGUCCUGGACGUGUCCCACAAUGCGGUGGAGACGGGUUACUUGAAGGUCUUUUGUCAGUCGGUGCUGGACAACAUCAACGCGCUCCCCGGAGACUCGCGGACAAAAAUCGGCUUCAUCACCUUUGACAGCACCAUCCACUUCUACAACCUCCAGGAGGGACUCUCCCAGCCUCAGAUGCUCAUCGUGUCAGACAUCGAAGAUAUCUUUUUACCCACGCCUGACAGCCUUUUAGUCAACCUCAACGAGAGCAAAGAGCUGGUGCAGGAUCUCCUGAAGAGCUUGCCGGCGAUGUUUGAGAAAACCAUGGAGACCCAGUCGGCGCUGGGCUCGGCCCUGCAGGCUGCCUUCAAGCUGCUGUCGCCCACUGGCGGCCGCCUGUCCGUCUUCCAGACGCAGCUUCCCAACCUGGGCGCGGGGCUGCUCCAGUCCAGGGAGGACCCCAACCAAAGAGCGUCUGCCAAGGACAUCCAGCACCUAUCGCCGGCGACGGACUUCUACAAGAAGCUGGCGCUGGACUGCUCGGGGCAGCAAGUGGCCGUCGACCUGUUUCUGCUCAGCUCGCAGUACUGCGACUUGGCGUCUCUCGGCUGCGUCGCGCGCUACUCCGCCGGGAGCAUCUACUACUUCCCCUCAUACCACCACCAACACAACCCGGCCCAGGUGGAGCGCUUCCAGAAGGACCUGAAGAGAUACCUGACCAGGAAGAUCGGCUUUGAGGCCGUCAUGAGGAUCCGCUGCACCAAAGGUCUGUCCAUUCACACGUUCCACGGCAAUUUCUUUGUGCGCUCCACCGACCUGCUAUCGCUGCCCAACGUCAACCCGGACGCCGGCUUUGCCGUGCAAAUGUCCAUCGAGGACAACUUGGACGACAUGCAGGUGGUCUCCUUCCAGGCUGCGCUCCUCUACACCUCCAGCAAAGGAGAGCGUAGGAUCCGCGUGCACACCCUCUGCCUCCCGGUGGUCCAGUCGCUGUCGGACAUCUUUGCCGGCGCCGACGUUCAAGCCAUGGCCGGCCUGCUGGCGUGCAUGGCCGUGGACCGCUCGGUGACGGCCAGCUUGAGCGACGCCAGGGACGCCAUGACCAACGCCGCCAUCGACUCCCUGUCGUCGUACCGCCAGUCGGUGCUGACCAUCCAGCAGCCCGGCCUGCUCGCUCCAGCCUGCCUCCGACUCUUCCCGCUCUACAUCCUCGCGCUGCUCAAGCAGAAAGCGUUCCGGACGGGAACCAGCACCAGGCUGGACGACCGGGUGGCUGCCAUGUGUCAUCUCAAGCACCAGCCGCUAGCCUACGCCAUGCUGAUGAUCCACCCCGCGUUGUACCGACUCGACGAUCUGACCGACGAGGGCGCGUUGAACGUCAACGAGCGGACCGUCCCUCAGCCCAGAGUGCUGCAGCUGUCCGUGGAAAAGCUGAGCAGGGAGGGGGCCUUCCUCAUGGAUGCUGGAACGGUCAUGUAUCUGUGGAUCGGACGCAACUGCAACCCCAACUUCCUCACGCAAGUCCUCGGGGUCCCCAACUACGCCGCUGUGCCUGACAACCUGUAUCUGCUGCCAGAGCUGGACACUGCCGAGUCGCAGAGGACCGGAGCCUUCGUGGCGUGGCUGAGGGAGCAAAGGCCCUUCUUCCCCUCGCUGCAUGUCGUCAGGGACGAGAGCCAGCUGAAAGUGGCAUUGAUGCAGAACUUGAUCGAAGACCGCACCGAGUCGGCGCUGUCCUACUACGAAUUCCUGCUCCACCUGCAGCAGCAGAUCUCCAAAUGAUCAGUUUGUGCAUGUGUGAAGAGCGGAAGACACUUUGAAUUUAGCCGCGAAGGUGGUUCAAAAUAUAUAUAAACACACAUACACAUAUGUAUGUAAAAGAUGGAAAGUAUCAGUGUUUAUUCUCAUAGAACAAUAAUGUCCAAAGUUUGAAGUAUGGCUCAGAUGUGAGCUCGUUGAUGGCAAAAGCACAGAAAGAGCCCUUUUCUCAAAUACGUCACGUGUAUGCAAGUUUGAGUGUGUGUGUGUGUGUGUGUGUUAGCGCGAGGGUGUGUGUGUUUAAGGUGAACUGAGGUGUCUGACUGUUAUUUCAAGAAUUUUCAACAGUUAUCACUUUUUGGGGAUUUUCAUCUGUGUGUCACUGAACAAAUGACAGAAGAAGGCAUCAGGCGCCCACUUGAAUGUUGUUGCAACCUCAUGUGCUUUUUUUUUUUUUUUUGCUCCCUCUGCUCCAUUAAUUUAUGAGCCUCCCAAUGUGAUUAAAAUUCAAUAAUUGCCUUGAAUGGGAACUCUAGUUUUACUACCACGCCUCCUGUUAAAACGCAGACUAUAUAUAUCAACUAUUUUAAUAUAAUAGGAUGUGGGAUCUUUUUGUUUAUUGUUUAUUAACACAAGACGUAACACAAAAAGCCAUUGUGAUUUUUUUAAUCAUGCUUAUUGAGAUUUGUAUAUUGAAAAUACUGCAUUAUAUCAAUCUUGGAGAGAUGCUAAUAAAAUUUUAGUAUGACCAUUCAGGUGAACUGUCAACGAAAUAAAAUCUUUGGGACUUUUUAAA